AUGAACACCAACAACACCACCCAGAACAACCAACCGUUUCCAGAAUCACAAGGUGUGGCAUCAUCUUCAUCGUCUUCUCCACCCAACGUUAGCGCUGAGAAUUGGGGCACUCACAUCAUGGGCACCCCCGCUGUUCCCAGCAGCCACCCAGAUAACAGAAAGGCAGCUUUACAGAGCGGUGGUGCCGGACAGCCUCAGGCAGUUCAGUACUACGAACACCAUCCAUACGUGCAACACAGCCCCGUGGAUAAACCGAGCAACAGUCCCAUGGAGUCCAUUCUCCACAUGUUCAAUUCUUGGAGCAAAAAGGCUGAAGCUACCGCCCACAACGUCUGGCACAACCUUAAAACAGGUCCAUCAGUUUCUUCAGCUGCACUGGGGAAGAUGAAUCUGACGGUGAAAGCGAUAUCUGAGGGUGGAUUUGAGUCCCUUUACAAGCAAACAUUCACAACCUAUCCAAACGAGAAACUCAAGAAGAGCUUUGCUUGUUAUCUUUCAACUUCAACAGGUCCUGUUGCAGGAACCCUUUACCUGUCUAAUAUUCAUGUAGCAUUUUGCAGUGAUCGUCCGUUGUGUUUCACCGCACCCUCUGGCCAGGAAACUUGGAGCUACUACAAGGUAAUGGUGCCUUUGGGGAAGGUUGGAGCAGUCAACCCAGUGACCAUGAGGGAGAACCCAUCAGAGAAGUACAUUCAGAUUGUAACGGUGGAUGGACAUGAUUUUUGGUUCAUGGGUUUUGUCAAUUUUGACAAAGCAGUUAAGCACCUCUCAGAAGGUAUCUCACAGUUUGUAGUGCAAGGAGUGGCUGUGCCACCCACUACUGGUUGGGGAGAAAAUGGAAAGAACUUUCAGUGA